AUGCGUGCCCAGCAGAAGAACUACACGUACAUGUUGUACUAUUACAGCUUAGAGAUGCUAAAGUGGCCAUUCCUGAAGUUUGUCUAUCACGACAGCUCUCAACCUGGAACUGGUGCAUGUGGCAGGAUCAAUGAAAACAUUACAUCUGCGGAAUGUAUACAGACUACAAGUACCUGUGCAAGUGGCAGUGCUUUGAUGUCUUCGUCAACAGAUGAAGUUCCAUGUGUAUUUGCAGAGAAAAUGCAGAGGAAAUCUCGAAAACGAUCAACUGAUGUGGACGAACUGUAUGAGCUGGAAAAGAAGAGAGCUAGAGUAGAACUGCAGUUGGCCGAGAACCGAGUAGCCCAUGAGAAUGAGUUAUUUGAACUGAAAAAAGCAAUACUUGAAAAAAACCUUGAACAAGUGUUUAGCAAUAGUUCUAUCAUACCAUUUAAUGAAUUGUAAACCCUUUAUUUAUUCAAUUUUCUGUAAAAACAAUUGUAAGUCAUUGAAACUGUUAUAGCUAUGUUAUAGUCAUAUAAAAUAAAUUAAAAUCUUAAGUUUUAAGAAUGGAUGUAGUGGACCGACUGAUCGCUCUUAAUCAUUAAGAUUUUUAUUCCAGUCAUAUUACUGACUAAGAAUAUAACCACGUUAUUAGAGACAUUUUAAAAGUAAAAUGACGCAGGAAUUGUGUAGUGGAUGAGUCGGUGGCAGUGUUGUCAGCUUUUAGCAACUGCAAAAGAUUAAUUUUUUAAUAAAUAGGCAUAGAAUUAAUGAUUACCUGUCAUCAGUUUUAUUGGCUGUAAAUGUAGGUUAUGUUCUAAUUUAUCUAAUUAUAGUAUCAAUACACUUAUUUUUACAACUAAAAUUGAAAAGUCUACUGAAUUUGUGAAUAUCAAUUAUUUAAACAAAAUUAUUUGCAAUAUGUCAUUAGUUCUUUGUAUGUAGUUGUGUUCAUAUAUUCGAGAAUUCAUCUUGUAUUACUUUGCUGAACAUGAUGUUCAACACAAAAUAAUGUGAAGAACUUUGUUAUCUAUAGCAUGUGAACAGUGAAAUGAAAAGCUAUAAUAGUGUACACUUUAGAAACAGUUAAACAAGUAGCUAGAAUGGUAUUUCCAUUUAAUUCUUUGAUACUAUUCAGACUUUGCCUUAUGCCUUAGUCCUUUCACAAGCAGCAAAUACAACUUUAACAGUAUCAAUGAUUAUAUUCAAGUUUCAGAGAUGACUACCUUAUCAUGCCUAUCGAAAUAUGUGUAUGGCUACUGUUGUCGUUUGGAUUGUUGGUGGCAAAAUUGCAACCAUUUUAGAUUAAGUUACUUUUUUGUAUUGAAGCUAUUGAAAACAAGAUAUGCAUUUCUUUGAACAGGAUAGUACACCACAUCUCCCUCUGUUGUACUGAACAUGUGUUGUCAAGCAAUGUUAUAUAAACCAUAUGUGGAGCAGUUAUACAUGUCAAGACUGAAUGUCAGAAUUGAUAUUUCUUUUUUGUAUGCCAGGGAAUUAUUAAGUUGUAAAUGCAGUGUUUUCAUGUGAAUUCACUUGUACAGAUUGUCAUUUUUUGUGUAGUCUUGACUGCUCCAUUGAUAUGAUUCUGAAUUAGAGUUUUAUUCUGCAAAGGAUAUUUGUUCAGAUAAGCAAUUAUUAAUUUGAAAUUUUGUUAAGAAAUGUUACCAUGGAGACCAAUCACUGUUUUGCCAUGACUUAAAUUGUGAUUGUUAAAGUAAAAGCUGUCUAUAUUUUAAUGUCAUAUAAUCAAAGAGAAAACAUCCAAAGUAGUGCUAAGCAUCUUCAUGCUUGAAUUCUGACAGUAUUGUGAGAUACUGUGGAAAUCAAUGGCAUUGGAGUAAAUCAAUUAGAUUUUAUUGUUUAUUAUUAGUACCUCAAAACUGAUAUUUUAAUGGUUAUGGGCUCAAACUAUUCAUGUAUAUUGUGCACUUAUGUCAUGUACAUUUUGAGAAACUUGAAGAAAUUGAUGUUUGUGACAAUUGUAAACCCUAUUUCCAUAUGAAUUAGUGCAUGUUAAAUAGCCAUACCGAACUGUCAUUGUCAAGUAUAAGCAUAUACACCAUUAAACAAUACACUCCAAAAAAUACCGAUUCUGAUUCGAAUUAGUUUGAUGUAAAAAUAUGAUAUGCUUAUAUUUGUUCAAAAUAAUUGAGUUAAACGUAGUUAUAUUAUUGUAUCAUCGAUGUUUUAGUAGUGGUUUUUCUCCUGCUAAAUUAAAGUAAAUUUGUAAAUAAUGUUGUUAGACUGUAUUUUCCGUCUUUAAACUUUGAAAAAUAAAUACAAACGCAAGUACAGUUCGAAAUGAAA